GUGUUCUCCGCAGCUUUAAAAAUAUUUAAAGAAAGAAAAAAAUGAAGGUACUAAAAUUGGAGCACUUAGGGAGAACAUAAUUUUCUUUAUUACGAAAUUUAUAAAAUAUUAAAAAAAACUCAUUUUUCUCAAAAAAAAGAAAAAGAAAAAAAGGUAGGGAGGGGGGGGGGGGACGGAGAGAGAGACUAAUCUAUUGUAGAGAUAGGGAGAGAGGUUUUUCUCUCUACAUUUUAGGAGUGAGAGAAAGCUCAGAGGAAUAGAAGGAGAAAAAAAAAGUGAAAAAAAAGAGAGAAAAAACGUAGAGGAAAUUUGAAGUAGAAAUUGGGGGAUUGAGAUUGAAAUAGGAAUCGAAAACUUUCCAAGCGGUUAAAGAGGAAGAGAGAGAGAGGGAGGGGGAAUCCGGAGAGGGGGAAAGAGAGAAGUUAGUUUAAUGUUCAAUUUGCAUUGUGAUCGUUUGCGUCCGCGAUGGCGGCGGCGAAAGCAGCAGCUAUUGUGGUGAGGCGGAAGGAGCGGCGCGUUGAGGAGCUUUUCGAUGCGACUGAGAUAAUCUAUGAACCAGAGAUCACACCUGUUUUGAGAGGGAUUUAUUGCAUGCAAGGGCCAGUGCAUGAGAUGGAUCAAAGUAUUCAGAAGAAUAUGGUACCACCAAAAACUGUAAAAAGAUUAAUUAGGCGUGACAUGAGUCAAAAGGUUCAUACAAAAGCAGAAUCUGGAACCUGUAACGUUUGCUCUGCUCCUUGUUCAUCUUGUAUGCACCUUAGUAUAGCUCAAAUGGGAUCAAAAAAUGAGUUUUCCGAUGAAACUGAUCAUGUUUUUGUGGCAAGUGAGUAUUCUAUCAACGAGGAUACAACAGGUGACAGCUUACAGCAUACCCCCAGUGAAGCUAGCAAUUUGCUUUGUGUCAAUUCAAGUCGUGAUUUUUACUCUGAAAAUAUAGAAAGUAAAGCAACUAUAAGGCCAUCUGAUGUAUCUGAUGCUUUGGAAAAUGUUGGGAUUCAGAGACCCAUCUCAAAUAAGUGUGAUGGUUCCAAAAGUGUUGAAGGCCAGGAUGAUAAUAUUUCAUGUGCUAGUAGAGCUAAUGAUGUGAAUAACAAGGAUUUAGACAGUAAGAAUUCAUCUCGUAGUUCAGCGUCAGUUUGUAGUUUAGGAUCCAGAAAGGUGCUUUCUUCCCCGAAGCUAGACUUGUCAGAACUUCCAUCUGUAAAGGAGGAAGAUGCUGGCAGUAUUUCACUUAGGCUCCAGAGACCAUAUUCACGUUCACAAAGUGGCAAGAGUGCUAUUGGAGGCAGUUCUGAGAUUUCUACCAAAAUCCAUUCGAAGGCAGAAGCAGAUAUUGACAACAAUGGUGAUCCACUUGAUAAAGCUGGUAAAAGUUUGAAUAAAGAUGAGCAAGAUGGGUCGAGUGAGUUGGUUGAGUUACCUGACAAGCAGGAGUCUCCUUUGCAAGCACUUUCUGCAGAUGAGGAUUAUGAAUCUGACGCCACGGAGCAUGAUGUUAAGGUAUGUGAUAUUUGUGGGGAUGCAGGACGAGAAGAUUUGCUUGCUAUAUGUAGCAAGUGCUCUGAUGGUGCAGAGCACACUUACUGUAUGCAAGAAAUGCUUCAAAAAGUUCCUGAAGGUUAUUGGCUUUGUGAAGAGUGCAAGCUGUCUGAGGAAAGUGAAAGCCAAAAGCAAGGUUUGGAUACUGAGGGAAAAAAGGCAAGCAAACUUAGCUCAAGCAAACAAAGCUUAGGUAAGAGAUAUGCAGAAAAUCUAGAGGGUGCUUUGGCUCUGAAAAGGCAGGCUGUUGAAACAAAUAUGGGAUCACCGAAAUCAUUGAGCCCUGGCAGAGUGUCUUCUUUGUCUCGAGAGGGUUCAUUCAAGAAUUUAGACAAGGGGAAAGUGAGGCCAUCUCCACAAAUUUCUCUUGGCAAUCGUUCUGGUAAUGAUAUGCCAGAAACUGUAUGCUCUCCUACUUCUGGUACUCGGCUGCAAACACCAAAGGGUACCUUAUUGAAAUCCAGUUCAUUCAAUCCUUUAAAUUCCAAACCCAAAGUGAAGCUUGUAGAUGAAGUUGUUCUUCAAAAACAGAAAAGUGCUAGAGAACAUGCAUCCCUUGAUAGCAGGGAGGAACCUGCUAGAAUGAUGGGCAAAGCCAUUUCAUUUAAAUCAACUAACUCUGGACGGUUAUAUACUGGGGAAUCAAAAUUUAAAAUGCUAUCAACUAAAUAUCCUCAUGUUCAAGAUCGGAAAGGAUUAAAACAAGUUAAUGAGCGGAUGUCAUUAGAAAGGAAAAAUUUCUUAAAGUUGGAUCGCUCUAAUUCUACUGUCUCUGUACCUAAGGUUGAUCAGAAACUGACACCUCGUGCUGAUACAAUUUCCCAUUCAUCUGCAAGCAACAACCGAGAAACUAAGGUUGUUCAGUCAGAUGGAAAACCAUGUACCUUAUCAAGAUCAACCAGCUCUCUAGCUCGUGUAGAAAAUGCAGUUACUUCUGCUGUUGGAGUUUCAUCCGCCAAUGGGUGCAUUUCUUCUGAACAGAAGUUAAACCAAGUAAGCCCAAAGGAGGAACCCUCAUCAAGUUCUUCAUGGACAGCGGAGAGGCAACCUAGUAAUUUUAACGGAGUUAUGUCAGAUGGGCUUUCUCGGUCAUUAGAUUCAACAAACCAGAGUGAGAAAUCUAGGGAGAGUUCUGUCAGUCGCUUGUCAAAAAGUGUUCCAUGUCUUAAAUGCAAAGAAAUGGGUCAUACAGCUGAAUAUUGCUCAGUCUCUCAGACUUCUGGUGCUGAUCUGUCUGCUCCAAGAACUUCUAGGGAGGGGAUACAUAAAGGCAAUAAGUUGAAAGCGGCAAUUGAGGCAGCUAUCCGUUUGAGGCCUGGAAUAUGUGAAAGAACAUCUCAAGAUCCAUCAUCAGUUUCCAAUAAGGCAAAGAACAUGAUUUCUGUUGAAGGUACACAUGAAGGGCAAUCAAAUCUUCAUAAUCAGGCUUCCCUUGGUAAUAGGAAGCUGCUUAAUUCACAUUCCACUGGAGCUGUCUCCUUAGUUUCUUCUGUUGGCAAUCUGUCAAUGAGAGAUAUCUUUGCCCCUCCUUUAGCCGCAGAAGCAGUGUCUGCUGUCUCAAAGAUUUCUGCCAUUCCAGAACAUGAAUACAUCUGGCAGGGGGCUUUUGAGGUGCAUAAAUGUGGAAAACCUCCUGAGUUUUGCAGUGGAAUUCAGGCACAUCUCUCAACGAUUGCAUCACCUAAAGUGCUUGAAGUUGUCAACACUUUUCCCCACAAAGUUUCCUUGAAUGAGGUACCUCGCUUGAGCACUUGGCCAACACAUUUUCAUGACAGUGGUCCUAAAGAAGAUAAUGUUGCUCUAUACUUCUUUGCCAAGGACCUUGAAAGUUAUGAGAACUACAAGGUCCUUUUGGAUAACCUGAUCAAGAAUGACCUGGCCCUCAAAGGAGCUUUUGAAGGUGUUGAACUCCUGAUAUUCCCAUCCAGCCAACUUCCUGAAAAUUGCCAGCGGUGGAAUACCUUAUUAUUCCUCUGGGGGGUUUUCAAAGGAAGAAGAGCAAACUCUUCAAAUUCCUCAAAGAAUGCAUGCAUUCCUGAUGCAAGCAUGGUACAUUUGGAGAGGGAGAUAUCUGCUGAUAUUACUCAGCUAGUAGAUAAUGAAUCAGCUGCAUGUGACAAUACAUGUAAUGUAGCCCUAGUAGCCAGUGUGGUUGGAAAGGCAUGUAUAUCAACAGAUAGAAUUGGUGAUAAUGAGGCAUUUGUGGGAAUACAAGCAAAAUUGAAGGAGCAAGAUGGUAAAAUUGACACCAAAUUCUUGUCGAGAAUUGCAACAAGCAGCACACAGGUGCAUCCAGAAAUGAAAUGCACUAGUUCUCUGGACAAGAGCAAAGUUCCAGAUUGUAGAUUCGACACAGAGCUCAAAUCUUGCCUUCAAGCUGCUGAAACCAAUAGUGUUUCUGUCAUAGUUGAGAAAGAGGAAAUGCAUGUACCAGAAGAUUAUCCAUCUUUAAAAAAUCACCCUACUGGACAGCAAGAGGCAGUUGUGGGGAAGAUUGAUGGAGAUUCUGUUAAAAUUAGGGAUUUGAAUGAUGAUGGGUAUGCUGAUGGAAAAAAUUCUUCAAAGAGAGAUCUUGACUGUUGGCAGCAGAAUUAUCGGAAACGCUCAUGCUUGGAUCUUACAGAAACAGUUUCAGAAAUUUGUACUGAUACAAUUCAAAAAAUGCCAUGGAGUGAGGUGAAGAGAGUUUCUAUAGAUGGAGGAAGUGACAAUAAAAUGCUGAAGACAGGUUCCAGUGGAAUAUACCAAUAUAGCAGUGCUAGAGAUCAAGGUCCUUUUGGUGAUAGUUUAGCAUCAGACAGACAUGAUCUGGGUUUUGGCUCUUCUGUCGAAGAUAAGAGGUGUGACAUUGCUUGUGAAGAAAAAGUUAUCCCUGAGGACAUGGGAAGUAGUGAAAGGUUCUUCUUUCCUAUGGAUUCACAUCGGGCAAGGGAACUUCAGUUGGGGAACAACUCUAAACCCUGGAAGGAGCUCUCUGUAAAAGACGAGGACCAAGUCCACUAUGCCUCUCCUAAUCUUGAGCUUGCCUUGGGGGCCGAGACGAGAUCACCAAACAAGGGGAUCCUGCCUUUCUUUGUUGGAAAAGUAGACAAAAAUGACAACCAGGACACGCCCAUGGAUAAGGUAACAGGAAAGGAAGAGGAGGAUGAUGAAUCUGCCUCCCUUUCCCUUUCCCUCUCAUUCCCAUUUCCUGAAAAGGAACGGAAUGUGAAGUCUGUUUCUAAAACAGAGCAGCUGCUCUUGCCCGAGAGGCAUCCUGUGAAUACUUCCCUGCUACUGUUUGGGGGCUUCCCUGACAAAUAGGCUCAUGGUGAUCCUAGGUUGUUUAUGCAUUUCUUUGCCCUACAUGAAAGUGGUAAAAAUGUAUACCAGGUCACUAGCUCAUGUACAAUGGCCUAGCAUGCAGCAGCUUUGUAGGAGAAACCCACAUUCCAUCUGUUCAUAUAACCCACACAGAACUUAGCAAUAACUUUUCUCUCCUUUUUUUGAGUGCAUAGACAUAGUCACGGCUGUUUGUAUAUAAAGAGAAUGAAAGCCGGUUUACUUCAAAAUAUCUCACAAGAAAUUUGCAAACCAAUGCUUUGAUCUGGAGGAAUUUUAUUUUCAUUUCGGUUUCCUUUUUUUUUUCCCUCACUACCAUUCCUUUACUGCUUUGAAUGGUUUAUUAGCAGGGUAUUAGGGAAUUGGCUGAUGAUGGAUUGGUGGGAACUGGGGAAUGAAGCAAACCAAUAAUUUUUAGAGGCCAAGCAGUGCAGUGGUGUGAAUAUUGAAUUGAUUUGGUUCUAUUAGCUGGCAGAUCAUAAAGGCUUUCUCAAGCUUACCCAUUCCGUCGUUUCAUCUUGUUGCUGCCUAUGUAAAAAAUGUUGGACUUUGGCUAAGUGAGAAUGGGAAGAUUACCCACCCGCAGGGGACAAAGAAAUUACAUGCAUAAUGUAACUUUUUAAGAGUUUGAUCAACUUGCAUGUUGUUCGAGUUUUAUCUGAGUUAAUAUUAAGUUGUUAUUAGGUUCAUUAUACUUGAGUUUGAUUUUUCAUAAUAAUUUGACCAUAUUCAAACAUUUUAAAAGAA